AGUAACUCUCUCAACCACUGAACUUGUACAUCGAAACAAUGACAUCUAGACCAAGCUCAUGAAACCUUGCAUUCCCACACAUCUCCCUAAAAAACAUCAUGGCCGAAUCACUUCUUUUCAGCUUCGCAGAAUCACUCAUAGGGAAGCUUGCUUCUGGAGCCGUUCAUGAAGCUUCUCUUGCUCUCGGUGUGCACGCAGAUCUUCAACAGAUGGAAGAGAGCAUGUCACUCAUCAGAGCAUUCCUAUUAGACGCUGAGCAAAAGAAGCCGCUGAACAAUUCAUUGAGUGAAUGGCUGAGACAGAUCAAGCAAGUGUUCUCCGACGCAGAAGACAUAGUUGAUGAUUUCGAGUGUGAAGCGUUGCGGAAGCACGUUGUCAACACUCACGGUGGCCUCACAGGGAAGGUACGUCGCUUUUUCUCAACCAGUAAUCCUCUCAUUUACCGAAUCAGAAUGGCACAUGAGAUAAAAGACAUCAAGGAGAGGUUGCAGAAAGUUGCAGCUGAUGGGAACACGUUCGGCCUUCAAAUCAUUGAUCAAGAUACACGUGUCGUUCAUGUGACGGAUACUACUCAUUCCCACGUAAACCCUUCCAACGUUGUUGGAAGACAACAUGAAAAACAGGAAAUACUAAACCUUUUACUACAACAUGGUCAUGGCGAAAGUCUCUCGGUUGUUUCCAUUCAGGGUUUCGGUGGUUUGGGAAAGACCACACUGGCAAAGUUGGUGUUCAAUGACACCACCAUUGACGAGUGUUUCCCGUUGAAGAUGUGGGUGUGUGUCUCUGGUGAUUUUGAGCUUAGGAAUGUGCUUAUUAAGAUUCUCAAUUCUGCUCUAAACCCAACUAACGAAAACUUCAAAAACUUUGAGACGGAGCAGCUUCAAAAUCGUUUGAGAAGCACACUUCAACGCCAGAAGUUCUUGCUUGUGCUGGAUGAUGUGUGGAACGAGUAUCAAGCUAGAUGGGAUGAUUUGAAGGAAAUAUUAGAUGUAGGUGUUGAAGGGUGUAAAAUCAUAGUGACAACUCGUAGCCACAAGACAGUUACCAUUAUGUGCACCAAAUCCUCCAACUCUUACCUUCUAGAACGCCUUUCUGAAGAGGAUUCCUUCUCUUUAUUUGUCAAAACGGCUUUUAAAGAAGGGAAAGAGGAAAGAUAUCCACAGUUGCUGGAGAUUGGGAAGGAAAUUGUGAACAAGUGUGGAGGAAUACCAUUGGCAGUGAAAACCUUAGCGAGUUCACUGUUCUCUGUGGUUGAUAAAACCAAGUGGGAAGCUAUGAGGGACGAUAAGAUUUGGAAUUUGCCACAAAAAGAAAAGGACAUUUUGCCUGCUCUUGAGAUAAGUUACAAUCAACUUCCUUCACAUUUGAAACCCUGUUUUGUUUGCUUCUCCCUUUUCGGUGAGGGUUCUGAAUUUGUCAGCUUUUAUGUUGCUAAGUUGUGGGAGGCACUUGGUUUUCUUCCACCACCAAAGGAAAAUGAGACAAUGCAUGAUGUUGCCAUUCAAUUUCUGCGUGAGCUUUGGUCAAGAUCUUUUCUCACAGAUUUCAUUGAACUGAGCCAUUGCUACAUUUUUAAAUUACAUGAUUUAGUGCAUGAUCUUGCUAUGUAUGCUGCCAAAGGUGAGUUUCAGACAAUAUACCCCCGCAGUUCAAAAAUAUCUCCCAAUGCUCGACAUUUGGCAUUCAGUGAUAAUAAUCUGCUAGACCAAGCUGUUCUUCCAACAGGUCUGAGAACUAUAAUUUUUCCUGAUGAAGCCACCAAUGAAGCUUUCUUGAACACAUUGGUGUCAAGGUGCAAAUACUUGAGGUUUUUGGAACUGAGUAACUCUAAAUACGAGACUUUACCUCGGUCCAUUGGAAAGUUGAAACAUUUAAGAUAUCUCUGUCUCUUUGGGAAUAAAAACCUUAAGGGUCUCCCUUGUUCAGUAUGCAACCUGCAAAAUUUGGAAAAUUUGAACCUUAAUGAAUGCACAGAGCUACAAGAAUUGCCCAAAGGAAUAAGCAAACUUAUCAGCCUGCGUCAGCUGCAUAUAACCACAAAGCAACUUCAUUUUCCAGACCAAGAAAUCUCAACUUUGACUUCUUUAGAGACUUUAACAUUCAACUCUUGUGAUAAUUUGGAGUCAUUGUUGAAAGGGAUACAACUUUCUAGUCUUACAAAUUUGUCUUUGCAUGACUGCGGGAAACUGAAGACUUUGUCCUUUCAUGUCAUAGCAAAUUUGGAGCAUUUGCUUAUCGACAAUUGUUGUGAGUUGGAAUUGUCAAUGGGCUUUGGCAAUGGCAACCAAAUCCCUGAUUUAAGGUUGAAGUCUCUUGCUUUUAAAAGUUUGCAACAGUUGGUCACUUUGCCUCAGUGGUUGCAAGGAUCUGUGAACACUCUGCAUUCUUUGGUGAUUGCUGACUGCAACAAUCUUAAAGAGCUUCCUAAGUGGCUUUCAUCUGCGGUUUUUCUCAAACUGCUUGUAAUUGAAUACUGUUCAUCCCUGCAGUCACUCCCUGAUAACCUCAUAAAUCUUGAAAAUUUACUGAUUAAUAGCUGUCCUGAAUUAUGCAAAAGAUAUCAGCCGGGGGUUGGACAGGAUUACCACAAAAUAUCUCACAUCAAAAAAGUUUUUGUUGGUGAAUUGGAAGAGUGAUGACAAUGCUUUUUAUAAGAGAUAGUUGAGUUUCUUAAGGAUGUUGACUAAAUUGUUUCUCUCAAUUCCAAUAAUCUAAGAUCUGGUUCCACCACUUUCUUGGGAAAAUAAAUACCCUUAAGGAAUUUUACGAACUUUAGUUCGCAGCAGGGAUGGAAAAAAAAUUCAUUAGUGAAAAGUUUUUGGUUGGAUAUCUUAAUUGUAUUUAUUCAUGUGUUUUGUGAAAAGAUUUAGGUUGUUUUUAGAUUUCUUUUAGAUUAGGUAUAUUUUGUGUUUUAUCAGAGAUUAUUGUACAGGGGAGUGAAGGAUUGGAGAAGAAGUGAGGUUGUUUUGGAAGGAUCCAGUCGCCCAGCGAGCAUGCCCAGUAGCCCAACGAGCAUGCCCAGUAGCCCAGCGAGAUAGCCUUGGUCGCCAGUGAGUGGACGGUUUUCUGAAGUGGUUAUAGUUUCGAAAGUUACACAAAAUUGUUGUGUGCUAGAGUGUGGGAACGCGACAGGACCAGGAAAAAUACGAGAAACGCCAUUCUAGGGCAAGGAGAACUCACAUCAAUUCAUCCAUUCCAUCAAAUUCAUCCAUUAUUUGUUCUCUAGAUGCCUAAGAGUGACUAAACUCCUCUUUCAUUAGGGUUGGAUGUAACGAACUUAUACUCUCUGUAAUUUUCUUAUGCAAUGUAAUCUCUUUCGUUGUU